CGUUUGGUUCAGUGUUGUUUUUAAUGCGCGCGAGACGGCGGUUAGUUGACGACGUUAGCCAACGCAACGCAACGACGCAGGCAGUGACGGCGGUGUGUGACGAAGACAACGACGCGGGCAACUUACUAUAGACUCUACUAGAACGGUGGUGUGUACGAGGGUGAACGGUUAUUUUAGUUUUUACUGUUGAGCCGAAGCCGAGGGUAAUCGGUGUUGUGUGCGUGGUGCGUCCUGCAAAACCUAGAGACCUGCGGGCUGGAAGACAUUUUCCUUAGCGUUUUAGCGACUAUUGUUGAGGAUAAUAGUUUUGAUGUUGUUGGCAGCUCAUCGGAUUCGAAUAGUUCGACGAAUUUUGACAGUGAAUUAAGGUGGUUGCAAAGUGAAGUUUUCAUUCAGUGCUGUACAGAUUGGGAACCGGUAAUUGGCAGAUCGAAUUCUGGCUGAAAAAGGAUUGCAGUUUCGAACGAACCAAAAAACCAGACGACUUGUUUCCGGCGCGGAUCAGCGCGAUGACUUUUAGGAUUUACCUGCUUCUUCAGGUGCUGCUGCUGCUGCUAUAAAUCUAGAAGAGGAAAUCUGCCCAGCGUGAAUAGAGAAGAAGUUUAACGGAAUGAAAUGUGUGCUUGAUUGAGUUUCACAGUCGUCCGAAGGAAGAAGGGAAAAAGAGUUAAACCCGAAAUAAUGAGUUCAGAAUUCGUCGAUUGUUAUCUUGCAGGUGAAUAAAGAUAACGAAGGUGAAUGAGUGUGUGAGAAGAUAAAUUGAGUUUCGUUUAUUUGUUUUUACUUCUGUCCCAUUCGGAUUUGAUUACGGCAGACAGUUUGUUAUUCUGGCGGUAGAAUCAAGUGGCUGUACGAUCUUAAUUAAUGGAUUAAUAUUCAAACCUGAAGCGACUGAAGCUGACUGAAGCUGAUUGAAGUGCUGGAAACGAAGGCACACUGAACGAUGCAAACUACUCGAGCCACCCACUUCUGUGUUGGAAGCAGUUUAAAUAUAGAGUAAAACCUCGAUAUCGUAAGUGGAUUUGAGUGCGCUAGUUGUUAGAGUUGGAGUUUAGUGAAACCAGCCAUGCCUGAGGGAUUUGCCACUAUUCGGACGCGUGGUUUGGCACGCAGCACUAGCCGGGCGGAGCAGGUGCCCCCGCCGCGAAGAAACACCGGCCCUUUAAAACCCGCCGGUUCGGGUCCGCUGUAUGAAAACCACAAUGGCGCGGAUGGCAAUCGGCUGUCAUACAAAAGCUCAUCGGCUACGUUGAUUUGCGUCCCACCACCGGUUCCUCCCAGGACCAGCUCGGAACUGACGAUGAAAAACGACAUUAAGGAUGUCGAUGACAGAAGCUCAUUUCGAGAUGAUGAUGACAUCUACUGUACGGCCGCUUUGACGUAUGAAACGUUUAAACCGCUGAAAAGUCCUACGCUCAAUUCGGAGUUAGCCGAUUACGUGAAUUUGGGCCAAUCAAUAGACAGCAUAAAUCGGUUGAAUUAUGAUUUCGAAAUGCCCCCGCUUAAGAGUCCACAAUACAUCACGGAACUGAAGCUAAUUCAGUCAAAGGCAACGGAAAACGGGAGCCUGUUUUCCCGACCGGAAAGUCCCCCCUACGGGAAAAUUCGUCACAGCUACCGCUCAUCAACGCCGGAGAGUUGCGAUUGCUCGUCGGGUUCCUCCACCUACUCGAAUCCAAUCAACAGCGGCAAAAACAGCAGCUUGAGUGGAUUUCUCGGACCGGAAGAGACCCCGCGGCCGCCACUUCCCAACCCGAAAUCGGUCACCCUGCAGUACCGUAAAUCCUACUCAAACUCCCGCUCGGAAAUCAUCUACGAAGAAUCGAAAAAACUAACGAACGGAAGCCAAUCGAGCGAUACCGAUUCCGGAUACCACGGAAGCCAGGGUAGCAGCUAUUCGAAGAUUCACAAAAGUGCCGAACUGCUCAACUGCGUGUCCGACCAGCCGGCGCCGACCCGUUCACCGCCGAAACUCACGCGAGGCUAUUCCACGUUGGGACAUCCCCGGGAUGUUCUCAUUGCUGGGAAUCAGGCAGGCGGCCAACCGCGGCCAGUCGGCGGCAGCGGCGGUGGCGGCAGUAAGUCGACGACUUCCCUGAACGAAACGGGCAAACGGCCGGCCGGCGGCAAGCAACAACCGGAGCAGCUGGAACUGGACCAGAAGAUUGGCGAUCAGACAACUCUCCGGAGUAAGCCGGUUAUUCCGUGGUACGAGUUGGCCAUCCGGAAGGAUCAUCGCCAGAGCUGUCCGCCGCUACAGACGCACGUUGUAGAGGCCUUCGAGCAGAGUUUGAUUAAUGUAUCCCAGAAGCUGCAGAAACUGACCGUUUCCAAAGAUCAGAAGGAGAACGAAAUUCAAGAAAUGCGACAAACGAUCGAGCUUCUACGUCAACAGUCGGCGGGAAUUGCCGCCACGCAGCUGCUGGCGUUGAGUGCCGCUCACGGCACGACCACCACUGGAACGGCGCAGCCGCCACCACCACCACCGAGAAGCGAGAAGAAACGCCAUAACAGUGCCGAUUCGAUGCAUUCGGUUAGUUCCGUCAGUUCUGCCCCGCCGGAAAAGCCGAAGAAGAAGGGAGGCCUUCGGCUCUCUCUUACCCGAGCUUUUUCGCGAAGCCACAAGGAUCCCAAACCGAAUCGACCGGUCAGUCAAGGUUCCACUUCAAGCGUGGAAACGUCCCUUCAAGCAUAUCGCAGUCGGGAGGAUAUCUGCGCUUCCCCAAUAUCUCCUUAUAAUAUAAGCCCGACAAGCUCCACCAGUCCAAUACUAAACGAUGAACUCAUCUACGAUCGCGACGGCAACCCAACCGUGGUCGAACGGCUGGUCGAACAGCUCCGCGAGAAGGACAUGGUACUCACCGACAUUCGACUGGAAGCCCUAACAACGGCCUCACAAGUGGAAAACCUCAAAGACACCGUCAUGAAGAUGCGCCAGGAAAUGAUCAACCUCAAGCAGAACAACGACCGGCUGCAGCACAUGGUGACCCGACGCUCGGUGACGGGAAGCGACAAUUCACUGGCCUCCUCCUCGAGUCCAUCCAACUCCGCAACCGAUUCCCGCCGGCUUAGCAGCUCAACGGCCGACUAUCCAUCAAACGGCCGUCUAGCAUUCGAUCUAAACCUAGAUGAAUGCGACGAGGACAGUAUGCCACCGGCACCGGCUCUGCCGGAUCCUCUUCCGGAACCGCUGAGUCCAGCGUUCAUCGCCGAUAUGUCACCGUCGGUGGAGCGACCGUCCAUCGCGGAUGGCAUCACCACUCUUCCUUCGGAAGCGGCAGCAGAUAACAUCGAAGGCAAAAAGAUUGCCAUCGCCGUUUACCUCGGCCAGGCCGACCAGUUUCUCAAGUACCUGGAGACGGUGAACGAAAACAGUCACCCGGAGAGAAGCGGUAAAAUCAAGCAGAAUGAAUUCACCAUCGCCUUCACGUACGUCUGUGGAAAAACCAGCUGGCAAAGUUUGGACUACAUUGUCGGACGCAGUUUCCGCGAUUUUCUCGAACGUGUUGAUCCCAGUGGAAACCUGGGCCUAAGUACGGAAUCGAUCGCCAGCUACCACGUGGGCGAAGCUAGACGGUCACAUGAGCUCUACCUACCGGAGCUGCUCCCGUACGGUUACAUCAUCGGAAACGUUGACACGCUGUACAUCUGCCUGCGAGGUGUCAGUAACGUUGCGCUGGAUAAUCUCAUCAUCAAAAACAUGGUGCUUCGCUACAAAUCGGCCGCCGUUUCGACGUGAGAGCGGAUUCGAUUGAUUGACCAAAUCUUAGGUUCAUAGUGAAAAUGUCGUUCAAAAUAAAUCCCACAUCGAAGUGAGUAGUUUGUUUGCUCAUAUCGCUGGCGAUUCUAUUUAUGAUAGUUUUAUAAACUAGCGUUCAAUGGAUUGAUGACUCUUCAUCAAUUUGAUGAAGAGCUUUGUUGUAUUCUAGACGGCUUUCAACGCGUUGUAGCAAAUUAUUUAAUUCAAUGUGCUUUAUUGAAACGGUUAUAAGGUUAUGAGUGCGUGUGUAUAAAUUAUGUUGCGAGUUUUGAUGUUAUAGAAUUACAUCUCGAAGUUGGCUAAAUAGAAUAGGGAUUUAGCUAUAAAAAAAAUCAAAAAAACCCAUGGACAG